UUGUCUUUCGCCACCUUUCUGAUAAGAUUCAGAGAACGUUAAAAAUAAAAGUUGCACAUUACGAUUUUGGACUUUUGUGUUACGGCCGUACAUUGCUUAAAUGCCUGCUGGACCAUAAUACGUGCUUUGAAUGUGAAUGUGUAUCAAUUUAUCUCAAUUACUGCCCGAGUUCCAGCAUUCGUAAACAUACGGACGGACAUGACAUUUCAACGUAUGAGACCAAUUUUAUUAAUUGCAACAUCACUAUUGGCGUUUCAUUUGCUAACGUCAAUGGUAUCCACGCGCAACCAAAACGUCAAAAAAGAAGAGAAAAAGUUUGAUUUUGGAAAAUUUGAAGAAUCGUACUCUGGCAAAUAAUUUGCGGUGAAGCAGUGGCAGCAAUAGUUAUUUCAUAAAUUCGAGAGCCAACUAAAUUUUUAGCAGUGAUCAACGAUGGCACAGAGGGCUUGUGAAUUAGCAGAAAAGUACCGGGAACCUGUGGAAAAAGCACUGCGUGACCGCAGUAAGCCCUGGACACAGGCAUUUGACUUUGUCGAAGCAAAAACAAACGUUCCCAGAUUAUAUUUAUUUUUGGGUGCGUCUGCAUUCUGUGCUUUGUAUUUGAUUUUCGGCUAUGGUGCUCAGCUGCUGUGCAAUACAAUUGGCGUUGCCUAUCCUGCCUACAUUUCGAUACAUGCCAUUGAGUCGAGUACAAAAUUGGACGAUACCAGAUGGUUAAUUUACUGGGUGACAUACGCCAUGUUAUCACUGAUUGAAUACUUUUCCGGUUUUCUGACCUCUGUCAUACCUUUUUACUGGCUACUUAAGUGCGCAUUUCUCAUCUGGUGCAUGCUGCCAAUUGAAAAGAACGGUUCCUACGUCAUCUAUCAAAGCGUCGUACGCCCAUAUUUUCUGAAGCAUCACCGAGCUGCUGAUGAAUUUAUUGAUAAGAUGGCUGCUAAAGCCAAGGAGUCCAUCACCAGCAUCACCAAACAAGAAUAAAUUACGAUAAUAUGUGUUUUAAAUUACGCCUUAUUUUGAAAUAAUUGCUUGUCUUGAAAGCAGAAAGGAGCAGAAAACAACAACAACAAUCUGUGGAACGAACAAAAUCACCAAGUAAACAAAAAGACACGAAUAACUGAAAGAGGCAAAGAAUGUUUUACACUUGAAAUCAUUAAUCAUAUGCGGUAUCGUCGUAUUUCUAGGGCAAAAUUUUUUAAAUUCACUAAUAAGAAUUAGAAUUUUAAAUUAAAUAUUUAUUCUCGCACUUGGCCUUCUUUUGUAAAUGCGUCAUACACAAGCAGCAAACGUAUGAAGGAAAAAAACGUAGAUCACAUUUUUAUAAUUAAAGUAAAAAUCCUACUCGUGUGGAAAAUAAUGAAAAAAUAUGGAUGAUCAUAAAGGUGUUGGAUGGGUUAUUUGCACUUAAGCGGGGAAAUCUAAGAAGUUUAGUUGUUGCUUUUAAAAUUGUAUUGUAUUAUCAGCUUAAAUUUUUAUUGUAACGAAAAAAAUUAGUGGAAGUAAAUACUUUUUGGCUUUAAUGCUUGAAAAAAUAAAAACACACCUACAAAUCUAAA